CCAUUACAGAUACGAAGACGUGCAAGAGCAGGUCUCGGAGAUUAAACGGGAUACAAGUUACGUGCCUUAUAUUGAUCCCGUGGAGCAGAUUUUCCGAGGGGUUCAGAUCGACCGCAGCGGAUUGCAUCGAGAGAUCGACUUCGACGAACACUUCCUCACGAUCAGAGAUGCGCUCCGACGAGCUCCCCGUCGACUCCGCCGGAGUGGAGCUGCAGCUCUUUCACGGGCACAACGACGGCGACGGCAGCGCCAGGUUCGUGGACGAGGAAGCCUGGGCAGAGUCAUCAUCGGCGACGGCUCUGGAUGUGGCGAAGCGGGCGGCGGUGGGAGUGGGCGCGCGGGUGCUCUUCUACCCGAAGCUGGCCUACAAGCUGGUGGCCGGCCGGUCGGCUCCGGGUAAAGCCUCGGAGGAGUCGUCGUCAUCGUCAUCGGCGACGACUCUAGACGCCGCGAAGCAAGCGGCGGUGGGCGUGGGCGCGCGGGCGCUCUUCUACCCGACGCUCGCCUACAGCCUGGCCCGGAACCGCCUCUCGCCGGCCGGCUUCAAGUGGUGGCACAAGAUCACGGACACCCACAUGCUCCUCGGCGCUGUCCCGUUCCCGAGCGACGUGCCGCGCCUCCGCGCCCUGGGCGUCACCGCCGUGGUCACGCUCACCGAGCCCUACGAGCGGCUCGUCGACGCGAAGCUGUACAAGGCCCACGGCAUGGAGAACCUGGUGCUGCCCACCACGGACUACCUCUACGCGCCGUCGCAGAAGGACCUCCGCGACGCCACGGCGUUCAUCCACGGCAAGGAGGGCGGCGGGCUGACCUACGUGCAUUGCAAGGCCGGGCGCGCGCGCAGCGCCACGGUGGUGAUGUGCUACCUGGUGCGGUACAAGGGGAUGACGACGAAGCAGGCGUACGAUCACGUGCGGUCGUGCCGGUCCAGGGUGUCGCUGGCUCCGGCGCAGUGGCAGGCGGUCCAGGACUUCGAGGACUUCUACCGGCGGCCGGCCGGUAGCUCGGAGUGAAGCCAACCGCUCCAACUCUGCGGCUGGAUCAUGCGAGCUCGACGCUAGGUUUUGUGUAUAUAUAUAGCUUCCACAGGUGCUGGACGUGAGUAUCAAUGUUCGAACACUGUUCCGUUAUUCCUAAAGUAAUGUACUAAACUA